AUGCCUCCGAAGCGCAAGGCUCGCGGCGGCCUCGCCAACGAGGGAAGCAGGCCCUCUCCUCAUCGGCCCGGCGACACGAUCAUGGGCCAGCGCGACAGAGACUUCUCCGAGGGAGGCGGAAGAGGCGGCCGCAGUGGUAGGAACACUAGACGAAACGACCGCCGAGACUCAGCACAGGGACAGCAGCAAUCACAACAGCCGCCCGCGACGAGCUCAUCGAACCCCGCCCGCGUCACGUCCCCAACUGUCCCCAGACCUCCCUCGGCACCAUCUCAGUCGCAGCAACCAGCGCCGGCACCAGUCACAACCGACCAAGCGGCGGCUACCGCUGCUGCCUCGAUAUCCCACCCGCCCUCUCCGGUGCCGACAAAUUACUGCUACGAACAUAUCACCGACGAUGCGAUCGCUUCGUGGACGGCUAAGAGCCGACAAGAGCUGAUCGAGCAUGCGAAGCAGUCCAGGGUUGAUGUUGACAUUGAAGAGCUGACCAGCAUCUACCAAGAAUUCAUCCAUGCUGUCUUGGAGGGCCGCCUGUCGCCCGCCGACGCUGGCGCGUGCAUGAAAGAGAUACUCGGUUCGGAAUCGCAAGAAAUGAUUAAGGAGUCAUUUUCGUUCGAGCCGCACACUCUCUUCCUCGACACGCUGUCAAUCAUCUUCGACAAUGAUCGCGGACUCUUCAAGCCCCAGCUCCGCGACUUUAUCCAGUGCAGCGGCAUCUCCCCUGCCCUCCUCCGCCAGGUACUCGAUGCCCAGCUCUUGCAGGAUCUCGGCCUCAUCCGCACCACCUUCGUGAAGCUCGGAAUUCGCCACGCCACCAACCUUCUUUACCGACAAGCCAACUACAACCUGCUGCGCGAGGAGACCGAGGGUUACUCCAAGCUGAUGACCGAGCUUUUCACGACCAGCAGCUCGGAACCCCCCACAGCCGAGGCAGCCCACGCAGCAUUCGAGCGUCUCAAAGGCCUCAUCGGAACUUUUGAUCUUGACGUCGGGCGUGUUCUCGACGUUACGCUUGAUGUUUUCGCCGCCGUGCUUAUCAAGCAGUUCCGGUUCUUCAUCAAGCUGCUUCGCGUCAGCUCUUGGUGGCCUCGCAACCAAAACCCGCCCUCAUCCAUCUACGUGGGCGGUCUACCCAACUGGGCUCUACCUGAAAACUCACACUGGCAGUCGAGUGAUGAGUCCGAAGCAGAGGCGGUUGAAUUGAGACGACAGCGUGAUGUCGAGUUCUGGAACAGGGCUCGCGAAAUCCAUCUGGACGCCUUCUUCCAGCUUGGGGGAAGGGAGGUCACGGAAGAGAACCUCAAACAGUUGGAAGCGUCCGAGUCAACAUCCGAAGCCGAAGUCAACGCCGCUUCGGCGUGGAUGAAGGCAACAAAGACGCUCCCGCCUCAAGGCAACCGUACUGCUGCCCAGCUCCUAGGCUUCAAGUUGCGAUUCUACUCUUCCGACGCCCGAGAUGCCGCCGACGUGCUGCCGGCCAACCUUCUUUACCUAGUUGCGCUUCUCAUCAAGGUCGGAUUUAUGUCAAUCACUGACAUUUACCCUCAUCUCUGGCCUCUGGACGACGACAUGGAGACUUUGAGGGAGAAGCGCAUGAAGGAACUCGAGGAGAAGGAGAGACAGAGUCGACCCGGUGCCGCACAGAAUGCGCUCCUUAUGGCGGGUGCUCUUCCUGAUGACACAGCACCUGUGCCGACCACUCGCACACGGGAUAUCUCCGGAAAGGUGGAUGCGGACGCGAAGACCGAUGCCGGCGCGGAUGAGAAGGAGAAGCUACCGGAACCUAUGGAGCAGAAGGCGGCAUUGCUCAUCUGUCUGUUGACGAUUGGCGCCAUUCCGGAGUCUUUGUUCAUUCUUGGCCGGUUCCCCUGGCUCCCCGAGGCUUUCCCUGAAAUCCUUGACCGCGUACACCGCAUCCUCAACCACAGCAUUGAAAAGGUCUAUCAGGAAAGCCGACCCACACCCAUCUGCUCCGCUGAGUGUUCUGCCAAGUCGAUUGCCGACCUCGACCAGAGCGGCGUUCCUAAGGGCACUGUCAAGCUCACUACUACACCGACCAAGAAGUCCAUGAAGUGGCCUUUCCCCGACGGCUUCGACCCAAGAGACCAGCAUUACCGAUUUUACUGGGACGAAUGGGCCGACAAUGUCCCUGUUUGCCAGACCGUCGAGGAUGUCUUCACCCUGUGCGAUACCUUCUUGAACAUCUCCGGCGUCAACAUCGGCAAAGACCCUGCUCUACUGGCAAAGUUUGUUAGUAUCGGAGCUAAGAGUCUUGGACAAGAUCGGACUCAGGAAAACCUCGACCGCUGGCAGGAACUUCUCCGACGCAUUUUGGUUCCCGCCCUCAGCAUGACUACAGCCAACGCGGCAGUCGUGAACUCUGUCUGGGACCUUCUCAAGCUCUACCCCGUCACCACCCGCUACUCAAUCUACGCAGAGUGGUUCGAGGGCCAAAUAUCCAGACUUCCAGCCAUGAAAGCAGCCUUUGCCCGCACUCGCAUCGAGACCAGAGGUGUGAUGAAGCGCAUUUCGUUGACCAAUCUUAGCGAGAUGGCGAAGUCUUUGGCAAAGACCAGUUACUCAUCCCCGGGCAUUGUCUUCAAGGAAGCCUUGAGCCAGAUCGAAUCCUACGCCAAUCUUAUCGAAGCUUUCGUUGAGUGCGCAAAGUACUUCACUGACUUGGCGUACGACGUCCUGGUGUGGUCAUUGAUGAGCUCCCUCGGCGGCAAACAAAGAAGUCGCACCCAAGAAUCUUCGAUCCUUCUUACCAGCAAAUGGCUUCAAGCUUUGUCCAAGUUUGCCGGCAAGGUUUUUAAGCGAUACUCGAUUUUGGACCCGAGCCCCAUCCUUCGAUACGUCGAUGAUCAGCUGUUCAAAGGCAACUCUACGGAUCUGAUCAUUCUCAAGGAGCUCGUAGCCUCCAUGGGAGGCGUUGUUCAAGUCCUUGAUUUUACCGAUGAACAGAUUCUGGCCAUGUCAGGAGGUGAGGUGUUGCGCCGACAGACCCUGCUCGGUCUUCAGGACAAACGAUUCGAGUCGGGGCGCAGUGCCAAGCGCCUCAUGCAAUCAUUGACCGAAUCGAAGCUUGCUGGACGUAUUCUCAUCAACAUUGCUCAAUACCGCCAGUCAGCCAUCUUCAAGCUCCCUGAUGACGAGGCUCAUAUCAAGUACAUCGGUUCCGUUAUCGACGACAGCCACCAGAUCUUGGUUCAGUAUCUCGACCUCCUGCGAACGAACUUGGAACCACAGGAGUUUGAUGCCCUUGUCCCUGCCAUUGCGUGUUUGAUGGAUGACUUUGGUCUUGAUGCCAGUCUCGCUUUUCUCAUCGGCAGAGAAGGCGUCUCUCACGCCAUGUUUGCGAAGAAGCCGGAUGCUCCAGCUAUCGCGGAUACCGACGGAGAUGUGUCUAUGGUGCCGACUGGCGAAGAGACGACUGAGGCUGAAGAAAAGACGCUCACGCCACAAGAAAUUCGGGAGAAGGCGAAGAAAGACGCCAUGCGCCAGAUUCACGAAGCUCUUGAGCCCCUCGUCGCCUCCAUUCAGUCCAUCACGCCCGAGGCUUCUUGGAGCAAGCUCAGUUCUGAGUUCUACGUUCUCUUUUGGGCACUUCAACUUGGCGACAUCGAAGUACCUGCCGCAAGCUAUAACAGUGCCCAUAAGAGAAUUGCCAACUUGGCCAAGGAUCUCAACAGAGACCGUUCGGACAUGAGCCGCAGCGGCGUCAACAAGAAGAAGACCAAAGAGGCCGAACUUCAAAAGAUUGGCAACGAACUUCCCAAGGAGGCUGAUCUGCAGAUGAAGAGGGCACGCGUCGUCAGGGACUACAUGUCUGAUCGCAUGGCCACAUGGUUCACAGGUUCGGUUACCAAGCUGAACGGUAUUUCGGACGCAAUUCUGGAGCAAUGUUUGCUUCCCCGACUUGUGCUUUCCGCCAGCGACGCCGAGUACUGCUACGCCCUCAUCAGAAAGAUCCACAGCUUCGGUGCACCCAACUUCCGCUUGAAGGCUUUGUACGACCGAAUUUUCAAUGUCAACCGACUUCGGUCCAUGAUCUUCACUUGCACCGUUCGUGAAGCCGAGCAUUUCGGAAGGUUCCUGAACUGCAUCUUGAAGGACCUCGCCAAAUGGCACCGAGACUCCAAUGUCUUUGAGAGGGAAGCUGUCGGCAAGCGUAGCAAUCUGCUUGGCUUUGCAUCGGAAUUUGAUGCCGAGGGACAACCAACGGCGUACUACGACCACUCGCAAUUUCGAGACAUUCUGUACGGUUGGCACAAUAAGCUCAACCUGGCUUUGAAGUCCUGUCUCGGCGGCAUGGAGUGGAUGCACAUUCGCAAUGCCAUGACGGUUCUCAAGGCUGUUCUUGAAUUCUUCCCAGCCGUUACCUUCAUGGGCAACCAGUUCAUUGAGCAGCUCAAGACCAUCACCGAGCGUGAGGCAGCCUCCAAGACUGCGACAGCCGGAGAGGAAGGACACCGCGUUGAUCUUUCAGUUGCUGCUCAGGGUGCAUUGUCCGAGUUGCAGAGAAGGAAGGCGAAGUGGGUAUUGCCAGCAGGCUUCCGCCCAAAUAUGGUGGGUCGAUCAAUCACAACCCAGACAACAAGUAUGCUGACCACCACCCAGAACGGACAAGCCCAAGGAAAGACGAAAGAUGGCGAUGCGGCAGGUCUGCGCCCGACCGCUGCCGAAUUCAAGCCUGGCUCUGCCAAGAGUGCAGCAGAGCAGGAGGAUGGAGAAGUCAAGGACGGCAAGGAUGCCGAAAACCGACCGUCUGGUCCGUCGGCGCCCGCCAAUAUCGGUCAGAAGGAUGCCAAUCUUCCUCCCAAGCCCUCUGGUGCGCAGAGAGACUCAGCAAAACCCGGUGCUACCCCCUCAGCCAACUCUGCCGCCUCGAGCAAACCAUCAACGCCGAAGCCCCAUGUCGGUACCCCGUCAAAUAACGCACACCAGAGGGACGGCCCCAAACCUAUUCCUACGAGCGCGCCUUCAGGCCUGCCUAAGAGGCCCGACGUGCCUAUUCCAGGCCACUACCGCAACCACUUUCCUCCUGAAGGCCUGCCCGAACGCCGCGACCAGAGAGACAGCCGCGAGCCACGUGGCCCCAGAGAUUCUCGAGAACCCCGUGACUCCAGGGAUCAUAGGGAAUCACGGGACUCUAGAGACCCUCGGUUUGUUGAGCCCACUCGCCCUGACCGCAGCCGCGAAUUCGCCAAUCAGGAACGCCGUGGACCGGACGGCCCCAGAGAAGUCGGUCGCUUGUCAGAGAAGGACUGGCCCGGCAGACAAGAACCUCAGCGCCGCGAACACGGCACUCAUGAUCGUGACAACCGCCAGUCACGGGACAGACAGCCUCAGGCUAAUGGCCGAGCUUCUGAGCCUGGUCGACUUUCGAGAGACACAGUCAUGUCCACGCCACCCCCUCAAGCAGCACAGCCGCCACCUGAAGAGCCGCCCAUCAACUCUGCCCGUCUUGCUCUGAUCCAGGGUGACCAGCCAGACAGGCCCAGCCGUUCAGAAAGGCCACCGCGGUCAUCCGAGCCCGAUCGUCGCAGUGGCAGAGGACCUCGAGGAGGCGACUCGGACCGUUCUGACAUCAUCAACCCGGAGCGUGCCGCCUUGAUCGGAGAGACUCGCCCGGAGCCGCCAUCGCGUCCAGCACGGGAUGAGCCCAGAGAAAGAGGCACGCCUCGCGGCCACUCUCCCAGACGCAGUGGACGCUUCAACCCAGAUACCCCUGACGCCGGGAGAGAUGACAGACAUGGUCGCUCUCAUCACUCAGACCAUCGGUCUUCGAAUCGGGAUGCACACAAUGAGUCCCCAGCUACACAUCCACGAGCCGAUCGAGCUGGCGACCGUGACAGUAGCCGGCCUGGACAGGACAAGGGCAGGGAGGCAUUCCUUGGCCCCAGUCGAGGCUCUGAUCCCGAUCACACCCGCCAAGACCACAACUAUGGUCGCUUGAAUCCCAUCCAGUCUGUCGUCACGAACGAACCGCCCUCCGGACCUCGUGGUCGUGGCCGAACAUCCGCUCGAGGUGGCGGUGCCAUGAAUACUCCCAAUUCAAGAUCCGAUGGACGCUUUCCCGGCACCGAUAGCCCGGCGGCGCCUGACGAGAGGCAUCCACCAACCGGACCGGCCUCGGGUAGGGGGCGCAGGAAUCAAUACGACCCGAAUCAGAAUCAGUCCGUGAGCUCGCCUACGACAGCGACGCCCACUCCCAGCACACACCCCGACCGCGCUCGUGUCAUUAACUCUGGACCGCCUGGCCCACCAACUCCGGGUGCCGGAGGCCCAGCCACUGGAGUUCACCCUGAUCGCCUGGCCCAGAUUGCGCCGCCUCCGCCACCGCCACCUUCGGGACAGCCGCCCAACCAUGGCCAUUCCCGGCCGUCGCUGCCUCCUCUCAACACCCCUGACCGGCCUUCUGGAGGCGGCAACAGGAACGUCCAGACGCCCACCGGCAACUUCCCUGGUCCGACCGAUGGUGCACCCUCUGGACCCGCGUCAACUGACAGAGGUCGCGGUGGCAGUCGAAGGCAACUUGCGGGUAUCAACAAUACUUUGCAACAAGCCCAAGCUAACAUGCCGGACACUAGCCGCGGCACUACCAUCCGGGGACGUGGAGCAGCCCGCGGUAGCAUCGCUGGUUCCGACGCUCAAGUGUUGACCGGCGCGUCUCCCAUCUCGACUCCGACUCAAGAACGUCCAGAUCCAAUCCGGCAAGAUCGCGGCCAGGCUGAUGGAGAGGAUCACUCACGCAACGAGCACGAGCGCAGCAGAAAAGAACACCGCUCGGACCGCGGCCGACAGUCAAGACGAAGCAGCCGGGAACGAGAGCAGCGCAGUCAAGAACGCGAGAGGGAGCCCAAGGAGCCACGUGAGUACAGAGACCGGAGGUCAGGGGCCCAAGGCCAUUCUUCGAGCAACCGAGAGGAACGCGAGCCGAGACGGUCAGGACGGGAUCCUUCCGGUAGCACCAGAGACUCUCACUCCAAUGCCGCCCAUGGCAACAGCCGCGAGAACAUUGGUGGAGGUGGACGUGAGCCACGUCACCGUGGCGAUCGUGGCGAUGGCGUGCGUGCGGAUGGAGCACGAGGAGAAGCGGGUUCGGGAGGACGUAAUGAAGAAUGGGGUGGAAACACGCGAGGUGCGCCUAGAGGAGGACAACGCGAUGGCGGAUCGAGGCAGAACGAUGACCGACGUGAGCCGCGAGAGGAGCGUGGUCGCAAGAGGAGAAGCGAGGACGCCACCGGUCUCGGGAACGAUCGCGAGAAGAGGCAGAGACGUUAG